AAACGUGUGAACUGCGUGCCAGCAGCAUAUGUCUAUAUUAUACAAUAUUAUCAGGGUCGUGCUUAUCAGUAGGCGUUACGUUGGAGGUCCGUUUACUCGUGUGAGAUCACUUAGUGAGCGGGGAGAUCAAUCGUUCUACAGUGCGUUACAUUUCUUGCUGCUUAAGUUAUUAUAGAUUUGCCUAUUAUCCAACGUAACACGCGCAAGAAGAUGUCACACUAUCGGCCUUGGGGCUCGAUAGACAACGGUCAGAUAGAGUUCGAGUCCUUGUCGGACGAGACCCUGGAGGGUGCUCUCGAGGUGAUACGAAAGACCUUCUUCCUCUAUGAAUCCGUAUCCAUAGCCGUGGAAAUGAAUUCCGAACCGGGAGCAUGUGCGGAACUCGAGGAACUCUGUUUAUAUGCGGCUAAAGACGGCGUGAGUGUGGUGGCUAUCGAUAUCACCACCAACGAGGUUAUCGGCGUAGCGUUUAACAAACUCCAAGUGUCCACCGACAGCUCCGAGAAAAGCUUCUUCGAGCGCUUCAGCGACAAUUGCCGGUACAAAUCGUCGAAGGCUCUGAUGGACUUCAUGAUAAACGUGGAUUCGCGAAUAAAUCUCUUCAAGCACUACUACGUCAACUGCAUUCUCGAGAUCAUGUUUCUGGCGACGCUGCCUACCUAUGGAAAACGAGGAAUAGGCGAAAUGCUGAUCACCUCGUCGUUGGAACUCGGUAAGGAGCUGAGACACGGGAAAAACGUGAGGAUACCCGUUACAAUACGCGGCAGCAACGAGUUGACGAACGCCGACGCGGUGCCGACUUUAGCCUCCGCUAUUAUGACGUCCUUUUACUCAUAUCGAAUCGCGAUGAAACUGCACUUCGACAAGCUGUUGGAAGUCUCGUACGACGAGUUCGAGUACAACGGGAAGAAGUUCAGCGAAAAAAUAAGUCAGGUACAUCGAAAUAUCUGUGUCUUGGUAGCCAAAAGACUCUCCCCGAUUUAGGUAACAAUCUUUGCGAGUAACUUUACAGGGACAGAGAACUGUCUCGCUUUGCGGAAUUCAAUCGGAUUUAGGAAUAAUAUAAAUUAGGAAUAAUAAUAUAGGUCCUGCCUGCACUAAACGUCGCAAGCACGUUACUAUAACAUACUAACUCGUCACAUGUUAUGGAGACAUCUUUAAUCGUUGAUCGCGUAACUGCCAAAUUUAUUAGAUAAAAAAUAGUAGUUUAUUAAAAAAACAAAAAAACUUUAAUAAAAAAUUUAUUUUCGAAACAGGAAUCACAAUACAUGUGUAGAAAAUUCGAUAAAUAGCUGAUUAAUUAAAACAAAUUAUUUGAUCAUUGAUACGUUACGUCGUUGCGACAUAUGAAAGACAUGUCAUUUUCUGCGAUUUUGCGAUAAAAAUAGCACGUUUCUUUCACAUAUUGUGCAGGCAGAGGAGUAUUAUUUUAAUGUAAUAGAUAUGCAUGUAUUUGUACAGCACAGCAUAUACAGUCAUCGAGGUCGUCUUUAAUUUUUCUCGACAACAUUCAAAACGCGAUAAACAGCCUGCUGUUCCGAAUGAGCAAUUGAGAAAUUUAAUUAUUCAAGAAAAGUGUAACUGCAAUUUUUAGAAAAAUAGACAAGUUUUAAUACAAGAAGAAUUACAAAAGUUUAAUCUAAAAGUGCUCAAAACAAACCGGUAAUCUGAAGAAGAAAAAUAGUCUGCGCUCUUCAAACUGUAACUCAAGUUAUGAGUGAAUAACGUAGUUGUACGCACGAGAUCAUUAUUUAAUACUUUGUAAUUAUUAAAAGUUUCGUUUUAGGUUCCGCUCUUUGAAAUAAUUUCAGAAUCGC